AUGUCUUCCAUUGCACGACCUCCAGAUCCUUGCUUGGUCGCCGUCGUCCUAAUCGCUCGUUCGCGCGCUGGUCCUCGCUUCGUGUUCCAUUACCCUCCCAGACCGCUCGCCGAUAACGCCCUGCGACCCCCCAAAGCAAGACGUACCUCACGAUCAAGGAGUAGGCAGAACUCGAAAGGCAACGACUCCACUUCCAGUGACGACAGUCAUUCAAGUUCUGAUGAGGAUGAGGAGGAAGCUCCUAGUCAGAACCUGAACAAUAGCAACAACAGCAACAACAACAGCUAUAUUGCAGGGAGCAGGAGAUCGAGCAACUUUGGACUUGACGACUCAAAUACCCUGAGUGAGAACCAACGGCCCGGGUCGAUCAGCUCAUCUAGAGCUUAUUUGAGAAAACGCGGUGCAAAUUCGGAUGCCGAGACUGAUUCUGGCGUCGGGUCUGAUCGACAAGAAGACGGAUCAAGGGAGUCGGACGGUCCUAACCGAGUGCCGUGGGAGUCAAUAUUAGGUCUCCCGGUUGAUGUAUGGGAGAAGCUACUGAGCCCGUCGCGCUCGUGGCACAAAAGACGCUUUGAGCUCGGGAUUAAUGACCUUGCGUUCGUCGGAUGGCCGGUCUUUGUUCGCGAAGAUGGAAAUUGGAGAAAACAACGACGAAAGAAAAAGAAGAAACAGCGCGCAGAAUGGGAAAGCGGGGAGCUUGGCCAUAACGAUGCGACAGAAGAUUCUCAGGACGAUGGUAACGAUGCUGUUGCAGCAUCGACCGAGACCCUGAGUCCGUUCUCGGCGCUUCAUCCCAUAUCCCAACGGCCGUCCGUACCUAACAGUCGAUCUUCGCAAAUGUCAAGCGAGCCAUUAGAUGCUGACGACAAGGAUAUGAUGACUAUGUUCAAUGUCGUCUUUGUUCUGGAUCCGCCCUUGCUAGAAUAUUCAAUGCGUGUACGAGAGAUAUAUGACAACGUCAUCAAGAAAUUCUCCAAAGCUUUGAAGUGGGAACAGUCUCGGACAAACUACGUAUGGAGGGAAUGCCAGCACAUCUUGAACAUUAAGGAGAAGGCAAAAGAAAAAAGGUCAUCUCUGAACAGUCUUUACGCCGACAUAAUCAGCCAGUCAUCCCUUGCCAGAGCGAUCCGUACUCUGUAUACCAGUAUAUCAGCUUCGAAGAUUGCAUCUGUCACUUUGAGCCCUGACGUGUCCAUAUCUCUUCAGAUACCGCCAUUGACCUCGACGCCGUACCUCCCAGGACCGACCGACCAAGCAUACCCGGGACUCUGGCUCACUACGGCAGACAGCAUAAGUCCCGCGGAUGAUCCAAUGACCGACGACAAUAGCGCGCCUCAUCAAGUUUUGGCCAAGCACUUUGCACUACUGUUGCUCGACAAUGAGGCGACCAUAAUAAAGGACGUGGAAGCGGCUGGGGGAGCGUUAGCCCCACCACUGGUUCAUUACAUUCGCUGCUCCAGUCCAACAAAGUCCUUUGUUCAAAUCUCACAGAUUUCUGGUAUGCCUUUGCCUACGAUCCAAUUCCUAGCAAGCCAUCUGGUUUACUGGCGAAGAGCUCGCGCAAUUCCUCCCCUCCACCAGCGGGAUACCUAUAUCGUCUCACCGAAUUGCGAUCUUAGCAAACUAGAGGUUGCGUCGGCCGCCUAUAAAGUGGCUUUCCCAACUCUCCCCAGCCUCCCGAAAAUGUUAUCAGCUUUGAGUGGGACACCAAGGCCUUACGGAAACUUCAUUCCAAGUAAGGACCACAAAGCCACCUACUUUCUGAUAUUGGCAUGGCUAUUGCGAGGCGGUUGGGUUACGCAACUUCGGUCUUUUGCUCGAGUGAAAGUAUCUCCUGAAAUCAAAAUGGCUGUUGAACUAGCCAUCCGACGAGAGGAGGUAGACAAAUACUUGAGCAAAGGUAAACCGCCAGUGGCUACAUCGGACAAGGAGGAUUCCGUGAAUGAUGAAAGAACUGAGGGCAGUGAUUUCGACGAUGCCUCGUCGUCCUCCUCAUCCUCGCUUGCAAGUCACGGGAGCGGGGAUGCUACACCAAUGCCGAAUCGCUUCAGAGCGGACACUGGCGUCGAUUUGACACAUUCUCUGCUCGAUCAAACUGCAUCCUUGAAAACGUCUUCCCUCAUACUGUUGCCUCACAAAGUGUCCCCGCUGGAAUCUCGAUGGCUAGACGAGAUUGUGGCACGGUUCCCUGACAACGCCCCAGACUUUGUUGGAAAUACAACUGAGGUUGAUUCUGCCACCCCCAUUCCUGCAAAGUCGCUGAAGGAGGUCUGGCCAACGUACCUGAAGUAUUUUAAUGGCUAUGACGCUUUAGAGAAGAUCCCUGUUCGAGAAGGACUGAAGCGGAAACUGGUCUCGCAGGUAUUAACGCGCCUAGGGCUCGUUACUGGUCAAUCAUCCACUGAACUGGAUCCUAGAGAGCAAGUUUUGGUUUCUUUUAGACAUUGGUAG